AUGGAUAUAAAACGAGAAAAACCAGAAAAUAUACCAGAUUUAAAAUCUUUAGUACAAGAAAAAUUUGCUGCAAUGGAGAGCAAGAACAGUGACUCAGAUUUGCAAAAGAAUGAAAAAUAUGUGUAUUUUAAGGAUCAACUUAAAGAGAUGAGAAAACAAUUCCUAUUUCGAAGUAAUAGUAAUGGUGAAGAGGCCAUUGAACAAAUCGAUGAAGAUAUAGCUGUGACUCAGAGUCAGAUGAACUUUAUUUGUCCCAUUACACAGAUGGAAAUGAAGAGGCCGGUUCGAAACAAGAUCUGUGGACACACUUAUGAAGAAGAUGCCAUUCUAAAGUUUAUCCAGACUCGAAAGCAGCAAAAGAAGAAAGUCCGAUGUCCUAAAAUUGGCUGUAGCCAUUCUGAUGUAAAAGGAUCAGAUCUUAUGCCGGAUGAAGCACUUAAAAGAGCGAUCGACAGUCAGAAUAAACAAAGCUGGUCAACACUGGAUAAGACACUUUGA